AUCCCAUGCCAGAACAAUAUCAAGAAAGCUCCAAUUCAAAAUAGUAAUAUCGCUCCCGAUCUUCGAGCUGUUAUACAGACUUUUUUAUAUUAUUGUGAAUUUGUUUAGUGUUUAUUUGUGCAAGACUAUGCUCAUUCAUGAAAAGAUGUCUCAGGGGAUCAUUUCCCCACCAUCUACACCGCCCCUAAAGAAUAUUUCUGAUGACGAACACACGCAGCAAUCAACGAUUCUGCAACUCAGAAACUUCUUGGGCCAGAAAAGAACUCUACAAACAUGUGGAUUGCUUACACCACAACCAUCAGAUUCCGAACCAGAAGAACAUGAUAUCCCGUUGAAAAAAAGGUACCGCAUCAGUAAUCCAGAAAUUCCGUACCCACCCCCAACAAUAACUCCACCUAAAUCGCCUUCAAAAACACCACCCCCUUAUUCUCUACCCACUCCUAGUCCUAUUCCUUUAAUUAAAUCAACUUCACCGAUUAUCCCCAAACCUAAUGUAGUUCCUCAACAAACAUAUGCUCCAGUUCAAAUAUUUUUCCCACCCUCGCCACUAGUUACACCUGUUCCAAAGCCGCAGCCCACACCCACUAGAUCAGUUUCUGUUAUUAUGAAAGCCAACAAAACUGGUAUCUGCACAUCCUUGCCAAUUCCUCAACUCAAAGAAAAAGGGGAAGAAAAUUUACUGAAAAGUUUGAAGUUUAAGAUGGGAAAGAACAAGGAACGAGUAGAAAACAGUGAAAAAGAUGUCUCGAGGGAGGAGAAGGAAGAAGCCAAGCCAGAGCCAGUAGUUACCCAGAAAAUAUCCCUGCCUAUUCUAGCUCCUAAAUUGAUAUCUCCAGCCACCUCAAACACAAUAUUCAUCUCAGCCGAUGGCACAGUUCUGCCCACGCAGUUCGUUCUCAUCACUCACACGCCUCCAACCACAGUACCAACCAGAAGAAGAGUCUACGAAUGCAAGUAUGAAGGUUGCGGCAAAAACUACUUCAAAUCCUCUCACCUUAAGGCUCACAACCGCAUCCACACUGGCGAAAAACCGUUUGUAUGCCAAUGGGCCGACUGUGGACGGAGAUUUUCGAGGUCUGACGAACUCUCCAGGCAUAAAAGAACCCACACCGGGGAAAAGAAGUUCAAAUGCUCCCAUUGCCAAAGGAAGUUCAUGCGAUCAGAUCAUUUGGCCAAACACGUUAAAAGACACAGCAAAGAAAGGUUGAACACCCAAAAAGUUAAUGUGAUGCCUGUACUGAGACCAAUUCAACCUGCACCUAAGUUGUCAUAAUUUUGACAAGGAGGUCAAUUUUUUGCAUAAUCUUCGUAUUUUUUUGUGGAGUUUAUUUACAGGAAAUUGUAUAUUUUCGGGAUGUUGUAACAUGCUGUGAUAAUUGUUCAUAUUUCGUUGAUAACUUCAUUAAGAUAAAAUUAUAGCAAUAUGUGUCAAUCACGAUAUUUUCUAAAUAUGUCAUAUGGUUUCUAUUGAUUGCAUAAAAAGUGGGCAGCAAAGAAAUAUCGACAAUCAUCAUAACAAAUAUUAUCACGUUUCCAUGGUCUGUUCUAAUAUAAUGAUCUCUAAAUAUUUAAACAGUUGUAGUUGUUAACAUUUAUUUUCCUAUCUUAUCUGCAGUUGCUAAAUUUGGUUUGUUUGUUCGUUGAAAUUCUUUUGAUUUGAAAUCGGCAGACACUAGUUUUUUUUUUCUGCAGUCAUAUAUGAGAAUAGGUACAUUCCUC